AGGGAAGUGAAGUCACUCAACCAAAACCUUCAUCUAAUCAGCCCGCAAACGAUAAGCAUCUUAACACCGAAGCUAGUACUGGGAAAAAUCGUAAAAAGAAGGGAAAGAAAUCUAAGUCCAAACCUCCAACACAAAAUCCCAGCCAACAAACUGCGGAUGUAG